AUGUUGAUCAAAGAGGACGGGUGGUUUGCCUUAUGUGGAAAAUGCAAAACAACGAUAGUGCUAAAACCUGCCAAGUACUUCUCAGAAUUGGAAAAGAGUGUGUUGCUGGCCUUGGUGGAGAAAUACAAAUAUGUGCUGGAAUGUAAGAAAAGUGAUGCACGGACUAUUGCUCUAAAGCAGCGUACAUGGCAAGCCCUAGCCCAUGAAUACAAUUCUCAGCCCAGCGUGUCACUGAGGGAUUUUAAGCAGCUAAAGAAAUGUUGGGAAAACAUCAAGGCGCGAACCAAAAAGAUCAUGGCCAUCGAAAGGAGAGAAAAGAUUAAACGUUUUGGGCCAGUGUGCAGCAUUAAUCAGGCAUUGAAAGAUAAGGUGGCUAGUAUGAUUCCUGAGCAACUUUACUUUGUACAGAAUCCAGGAGAUGAAUCUGGAUAUAAUCACGAUAAUUCCAAUGAAGAAAUCGACUGCAAAAGAGUUAAUAUGGUGGAUCUGGAACUUCUUAUUGACGAAGAGGGCAAGAUCCAAGCUAAACAAAUUAGGAAAGUUCCUGAAGGAAAUUCUUUGUGUGCUGAGGGCUCAUCUCCCUCUUCUGCAGAAAAAACUUCUUUCCAUAAAGGAGACCUGGAACUUCUCAUUGAUGAACAAGGCAAGAUCCAGACUGAACCAAUUAGGAAAGUGCCUGUCACAGAUUUGUGUUCAGAAGAUUCUCCUUCAAGCAGUAUAAAAAAAGAAUCCUUUGUUCCAGACAGAAACCUGUAUAAUGAUGAAAAGUCUAUAGACAGCAUGCAUAAUUAUGAUGGCCCCUCACACUCUUUGCGUUCUCACUCGACACCCUCCUGCUCAUCAACCAGAGUAACUACUAACAGGAACUCCAGACGUAAACCUACUCAGAAUGGAAAUCUUUUAAAGAUGAAUAAGGAGGAGGAGCACCACCAGCAGAUGUCUAUCCUCCAACUGCUACAGAUGAAUGAAAUGCAUGCGGCCAAGGCGCAGCAGAUAGAGCCUUCUUUUCAUAAAGGAGAUUUAGAACUGCUCAUUGACGAACAGGGCAAGAUCCAGACAGAACCAAUUAGGAAAGUGCCUGUCACAGAUUUGUGUUCAGAAGACUCUCCUUCCAUCAGUGUAAACAAAGAAUCCUUUGUUGUUCCAGACAGAGACCUGUAUAAUGAUGAAAAGUCCAUAGUCAACAUGCACAAUUGUGAAGGUCCCUCACACUCUCUACCAUCUCACUCCACACCUUCCUGCUCAUCCACUAGAUUACCAGCUAAUAGGACCUACAGAAGCAAAGCUUCUCAGAAUGGAAUUCUUUUAAAGAUGCAUGAAGAGGAGCACCACCAGCAGAUGUCUAUCCUCCAGCUGCAGUUGAUACAGAUGAACGAGGUACACGUGGCUAAAGUGCAGCAGAUAGAACGAGAGUGUGAGAUGUGUGAGGAGGAACACAGGGUUAAGAUGGAAAUCCUAAAUAAAAAGAAAAUGUAUUGGGAAAGGAAACUGCAAACAAUUACCAAGGAAUGGCCAGUAGCGUCUUUCAACAGGCCCUUUCCAAAUUCACCUUGAAAGUGGUGCUGGUGAGCGCCGAGGAUAAUACAAAACAUGUUGGCAAAACACUCUUCAAGUAGAUUUUAUCAGCCAACACAAUGAACUUUCAGUAGGCCAACAUUCUGGCUAUGAUCUUUCUGUAGGAAAAUAUAGAUACAAACAAAUAAAAAGAGGGAAAGGUUCUAGGACUGCGUGGGCUUGUAUUGGGAACAAUGUCUUUUUGGCUUUUAGUAUUGUUAAUAAAAAAAAAUGCAUCUGGCCAAUUGACAGUGUUGCUUAUGUUAACAUAAGCAUUACACUCUGGUGUUUAUGCCCACUGUUUAUUUUUGUUUUUUUAACUUUUACCUAUAUAAAAUCCACUUUUUAUUAUUAUUAUUAUUAUUAUUUUAUGUAUAUCAGGCCUGUGAUGGUUUUUAUUGACUUGUUUGGUACAUUGGGUGGGUAAACUGAGGAUAAAUAUUAUCCUUUUUGUAGCCCUAAAUGCUAACGGUAUUAUAAUUUGCUAUGUUCAGGUCAUCUAGUUACAAAAUAAAGUCCUAAAAAAUUACUGUAAUGUUGCAGGGUUGAGAUCACUGUUUGCUUUUCAUUCCACCUAUUCCAUUGGCAUGGUGGGUGAAUGAAUAUGGCUGAAUACCAAGGUAAUAAUGAAAUGAAUAAUCAUUUAUACAAGGCCAAAGGUAUAUUAUGAUUGUGUCUUAGAAUAUACUCCACAAUUCCAAUGUGACCAAGUUGGAACUGUUUUUGCUGAAGUCCCCUUUCUGUAUUGCUACAUUGAACAUGUAACUCUGUCACAGAAAAAAUACUCUUAAGAUAGAAGAACACUGCUGGGGAUUGCCACUAGUUUUAAUUUACUGCUUUUUUUUUUUUUUUUAUUAAGCUAAAUACUACAUCUUUCUUACGUGAGAUGUGUAUAUUUUAUAUGUAAUGAAGAAACAUGAUGUACAGACAUAGAAAAGGGGGAAAAUAAGUUUAAAAAAAAAAAAAGUAUGAGAAGCCAAAAACGCAAACACUUUUAAAAGUGUGUAAAGGAUUUCAAAUUCUAAAUUGUUUUCUCAGUCUAGAGAAAAAAUGUAUUGUUCAUAUUACAAUAAGUAAUUAUUUGUUUAAGUGAAAAUAAAGUUGCCUACUUGGGAAAGUUUUUUUUUUUUACAGUGUUCAAUCAAUUUUUAAUCUAAUGCAACAAAGCGUUCCUUCGCCCCUGUGUGUUUAACUGAGAUAUAUAAUACCAAAAUACAUCAAAAUGAAAAAAUGAUUAGUUAGUAGCAAAUUCAAAUUACUGGCAAAACAUUUGGGUUGGAUUUCAGUAUCUACUAUAAAAGCCUUACAAAACCACUGAAUAUGCAUAUGUAGCCUGUUGUAAAUGAUGUCAUAAGGACAAACGUUUAAAGCGUUGCUUAUUCUUUCAGCAAGAUGAUCAUUACAAAUGUUGAUGCUGAUAUACGUAGUAACCCUUGGGUUUUUUGACUUGAUCAGUAAUUGUAUAUGCUCAAUAACACCAAAAUAUGGAAAUAUAUUAUUUUAAUAUAAUAGAGAGUGGUCAACAUUUAUUCUAUGUAACAAAAAAGCUGCAAUGUUUAAAAAAAUUACAGCACAGACAUAUAUUCAAAGCAGUAUAAUAUGUCUCUACGUUCAUGUUAAGAAAAAAUCACGUGGCUGAGAAAACACUAUUGAAAUUCAGUAGGUGAUACAUUAAUCAAAGAAGAAAAAUCGCCCAAAAAUUUACCCAAACUGCAUGGUGCAGUUUUUUUUUAUUUUGUGAUAAAUACCCAGGAAAUCCCACUUAACAGUUUUUUAAUAUGUCCCUGUUAAAAUGCGCAUACUGUUAGUGAUUUAUGAAAAGAAUAACUAAAUUUGUAUGAGUAGUUGUUUUCAUAUAUCCAGUAAAAUAUCUGUUGUUGCAAUGAUUUUUUUUUUUUAAAUAAUAAAAUUGACUUGUGUUUACAUUUCUGCUUAAA